UCUCGAUCCGCCAAUAGGAAGCGUCUGCUGUUUCUGCUUCCUGGUGUUGAUGAUGCGGAGCGGAUGCUGAGGAUGAGGAGGAAGAUCUCGCGCAAGGAUAAAGCCUCUUCCGCACCAUGAUCAGAUGGAAACACGCGGCUGCUUUCUGUGACAGAAGUCAGGGGUCGCAAAGGUGGACACUGGCCUUGCUCCACAUGUGUGUGAACGCAAGAGAGACCGGAGGCCUUCUGGAGGAUUAUUAUUAAUCACCAGAAAUGUGCCACUUCAGAAGUGUUUUCACAACUACAGAUCCAUCGGCUGGUUCUGGUUCCUGUGGACAUUUGCCCUUUCUAACCGAUAGACAAACAUGGCAAAGAAAGACUAUCUGCUCGAUGCAGCCCAGCAGAUUCGAAUGGCGCUGGACAGAGAAGUCAAUGAAGAUUAUGAGGCGGCGUUCAGCUACUAUAAGAAUGGAGUCGAUCUGCUGCUCAAUGGAGUUCAAGUGGAUCCAAAUAAAGAGAGACGAGAAGCCGUGAAGCGGAAGACCACUCAAUAUCUGAAGCGAGCCGAGGAGAUCUUCAUCUCUUACUUACAGGACAACAUCUCUAAAGGAUCCACACAUUUAGGAGGUUAUAGUAGCUUACGGUUUCGGUCGAUCAGACAUCUAAGUUCGCCGGUGGAGAAUCUGGCGAUGUGCAAAGUCGUUGGAAUCAUUGAUAAGGUGCUGACGGUUGAAAGUCUGAUAAGCAAGGAGACAUUUAUUGUUAAGAGUUUACCGAAGUCGAGCUGGGAGAGCCGUGAGAGGUCGACCAUCAUUCCUCAGGGAGUGCCCUUCAUGGUGAAGCUGCUAAAAUACUAUGUCAGUGAAGACACUGUGUUCCUCCAUCUAGAACGUGUUCAAGGUGGAAGACUCUUUUCCAGACUUCACAGGGUCAGAAGUGAAGCAGUCAGGGAGUAUCCAGAAUGCCUCAGCCCCAACCAGCACAAGAUCUACCUGAAGAACAGCUACACCCUCCCUGCUAUCCACCAAGAUAUUUACCUCAAUGAGAAUUGUGAGAGAACUACACCUCUUGAGAGGCCAGGCAGCCCAGCUGGUCUUUGUCUUGAGAACUGUAGAACCCGUUCCUACUGUGAAGAUACGGGGCGCCAACAGGGUUCUCCAGGAUUGUAUGCAAUUAGGACAGAUAAUGCGCUUCCUUCUGUCUGUCCACACAAUGUUCUUAAUUCUUUACCUCAGGAUAAUGUUCCUCUUCCCGUUCAUCCCUGUGUGAUUGUGGACACUCGGGAUCCUCUUGAUGUCACUUCCGACCUUCUAGGAAAUGAUGUCCGCAUUGAGCGGAUUGACUCUUGCAUGGAUCUGAACAAAGCUUGGAUUGCUUUAGAACCUGCUCAGGGUUGUAAAAGUUUCACUGUUCCAGGAUCAAACUCGGAUAUUCUAGGAUUCAGCUGUGCAGCUCAGAUCACUCCAGCCUCUUUAUUUGGUGAAAACGCACAACCAACCCUUUGCAACACAGUUGACGUACUUCCACAGAGAGUUCGGAUAGUUUCCAACACAUCACAUGUACCUCCACGAAACCAAGCGCAUGAUGGGUUUUCUCUUGAACAGAGUGUUACUAACUGUAAACCCAGUGGAAAUGGACAGCUUGGACAGUUUGUGGCUGAGUUGAGCAAAGUCAGUUCUCAUCGCUAUCCAUUUGAAUGUGCAACUCAAAAGCAAGAAGGUAUCUCUUUAGACUUCACAAAGAUGACUUCUCGGGUGAACUCUGUUGAUAUGGUGAGGGAGGUUGGGACGGAGGACAUGGAGAACUGGCAUUUUUUCAGCCCUUCAUAUAAACAACCUCAAGUUGGCAUGAUCCCAUCAGCGUCUACCACAAACAGCUCCUGUUGGAGUGAGACUAAACUAGAAUACCCUUAUAUGGAACAGCUGAUGAAGGUGAACGGCUUGGGCCAUCACGCCCAAAUUAAGGCCAAGAACUUCAGUGCCAAAUGGAACGGGGGUAGACAGGGACUCCCCGAGGACGAGGUGCGACUGUGGGGAGCUCAGAUUCUGUUGGCAUUGGAAAGUCUUCAUGAGCAGGGCAUCAUGUGCCAGGACCUAAACCCAAGAAAUGUUCUACUUCGCAGCAGUGGUGAGGCGUGUCUUACGUACUUUGGACUAUGGACGGAAGUUCAGCCUGAAAUUAACCCGAAAGCAAUGGAAGAGAUGUACUGUGCACCAGAAAUUGGAGGCGUAUCGAAAAUCACAGAGGCAUGUGAUUGGUGGAGUCUUGGAGCUUUAUUAUAUGAGCUUCUUACUGGCAUGCCGCUGUGGCAGUGCCACCCUUCAGGCGUUCACCCUCACACUCCUCUCCACAUCCCAGAGUUCCUCAGUUCUGCAGCCGCCUCGCUUCUCACUGAGUUGCUCCAGUGUGAAGCGUGUUAUCGUCUGGGAUCAGGAGGCGGUGGCGUGAGCGACAUCAAGUGCCAUCCGUUCUUCACCUCCGUCCCGUGGCUCACACUCACGCCGUAGUGCCGUGUGAAAGUAUUCACCCCCUACAUCUGUUUCUGCUGACAUUAAAGAUGUGUGUUGAGCACAGUA